GCUGGAGGUAGUUUGGUUGGGUGACUGGACGCGUUUAGGGGUCCGUCGUUACAGCGUACAAACUUGGUGGUCGUCCAGCUCAGCAAGAAAUUCCUUCUUUACAUAGGAGAAAUCUGAUAUUCUAUUAUCCUACAUUAUAUGAUUCCCGUUAUAAAAAAACAUCCUGCAUUCUGGAUAAUGACCAUCAACUCUCCUCUUGGCGGUAAUCUGUGUUGAGUGGUUGAGAGUUUCACAAUAGCUAGUGCUGGUUGCCUUCAGUGCUGAUGUAUUGGAUGGCCAGGCCUGUAUCUAGAACAAUUUUUGCACUUCCAUUUCCUUAGGACUCCAGCCAACAUACCUGUCAGACAAUUGGGAACAUAUUCUACCAUGGAAGCGCUAUUUGCGGCGUAUACGAGCGACGAAGAUGAGGAACUUGACGUGCGACUGGACGGAGACAAGGAGCCGGAAGACGGGUCUCUUGGGAAGACCAGAAGAAAAGAGGCAGAAGACGGAGAUAGACAAGAACAGGAGAAGAAUAAUAUCGCGAAUAAGGCGGAGGGGUAUGCUUUGUCUAAAAAGAGACGGGUUGACCUGGAAGACGCGAAGAGCGGAGAAGCGAGAGGAGAGGAAGAGAGGAGAGAAGGCGAAGAGAGGAGAGGCGGUGAAUACACAGCGGCCGAGAUGAGCGGAAAUGGCGGUGUUCCUGGAGCGCUGGAGACGGAUAACAGUUUCGUCGAAGACAGACGGAACUCGUCAGCGGAAAUGAGCGAAAGACAGAAUUCGUUAAGCAGGAUUCACGACCGACUGAUUAAGUCAGCCAAGAUCAGCGGCAAACAGGGAACGAAAACGACAGACAGACAGAUGAGGACAGGGGAUCAGAUUCGAAGAGUUCCAUCAGCAGCAGCAGCAACAGCAGCAGCAGCAUCCGCAGUACCAGCAGCGGCAGCAGCAGUGUCGCUUCCACCUCCCCCAGACGACCUCUUUGCUGAUGCUCAAGUUGACACGGCAAACGUGAAGGCCAAGCCUGACUAUGGAGGGAGAGUGCGGACAUUCCCCCACGUUGAAGGCAACUUCGCCGUUCAUGUGCUCAUUCCAGUCACCAUUGCCGCGUCUCUCCAGCCUCUGCUGGAAUCACACCUCCUUUCCGCCAUGAGGGCUCUCCCUGCACUGUCACCCGUGGAUCCAGAUUCCCUCAAAGCCGCUCCAAAACAGUUUGCUGGGGCAGUUCUGAGAACACCGUUGAGGACUGCUUUGGGGGCAGGUGCUGUCGAUUCGCUUGGGGGAAGAUUCAUUCCAGCAGCUGCUCCACUGGUAGAUGACAGGGUGUUCGGUGGAUCACCUGCUGCUGCUGGCAGCGAUGCUUUUGACGGUGCUGGUGGUGGUUGUGGUAGUGGUGGCAGUGCUGCGGUUGCUGCUGCUGCUGUGCACGGGCUGGUGACGGGGGAAAUGCAUCUGACCGCUGCCCGCACUGUCCCCAUCCGCUUCCAUCAGAUUGACUCCCUGCUCAGCCUGCUUCGCCUCCGACUCAAGCCGCUCAAGCGCUUCUGCUUGCACUUGGACAAGUGGACGGCAUUUGUUAACGAUGAGAGGACGCGCUCCUUUCUUGCACUCGAAGCAACACGAGAGGGAGUGCCCGAGUUUGUCUCCAUGGUUGAGUGUAUAGACCAGGCCUAUGCCGUCCACAAUCUUCCUCCGUACUAUGAUAACCCUCGCCCUCACGUCUCCCUGCUCUGGGUUGCUGGUAACCACCUCGAGCGAUUACUCUCCAUAGCACAAACCUUGCAAAUGUCUAAUUUGAAGAACGCUCCUGCUCUUUGUAUUCGGGUGAAUGUACGCAAGGUUAUCUGUAGGGUGGGGCAAAAAGUGCACACAGUUUGGGAAGACAAUCGUAGAGCACUGCUGUAGGUAGGAAGUGACAUUUUGUCAUUUGACUUUGUAAUGUAACGCAUGGUGGAUACGAAAUAUCG